CGGACACCACGGAUGGACAAAAAGGACAAUUCUGUCGUUUACCCUUGCUGCUGUCGAUACUGUGUUGUAGCUAAAAAUGACAUCGCUUGUUUUCAGACAUUCUCUCCUUCGCGGCGUUCCAGGGACAUGCAGGUUCAUUAGCGAGUAUCGGGCAAAGAGACCGUUGUUUACCCUGUUUUCAGUCAGAAGUUAUGCCACUGGUGAGGACAACAGGGUGCCCAAAAUAUACACCAAAACAGGAGACAAAGGUUUCUCAAGCACAUUUACAGGAGAAAGAAGGCCAAAAGAAGAUCACAUUUUUGAAGCCUUGGGGAAUACAGACGAGCUGUCAUCAGCUAUAGGGCUGGCAAGAGAGUUUUGCCUCGAUAAACGUCAUACAUUCACUCAUCAAUUGGACAAGAUCCAGUGCGUUUUACAAGAUGUGGGCUCCAACAUUGCUACCCCUCGAUCAUCUGCAAGAGAAAGCCAUAUAAAGAGAACAAAAUUUAUUGCACAGCCAAUUGUGGACUUGGAGACCUGGAUUGAUGAGUUUACAGAAGAACUCCCUCCUUUAACCAGCUUCAUUUUACCAGUAAGCUGCACACGUUUUUACAAAUGUUUGCAUGUCCCUGUUGAACUAAUAUAUACUGUUGUUUUUUUUUCUCCCCCUCCACAGUCUGGUGGGAAGAGCAGCGCAGCUUUGCACUUAGCUCGGACAGUCUGUCGGCGAGCAGAGCGCAGCGUUGCUCCAAUUGUGCGAUCAGGCGAGGCAGAUCCAGAUGUUGCCAAGUUCUUGAACAGGUUAAGUGACUACCUGUUCACAGUCGCCAGAUAUGCAUCUAUGAAAGAGGGCAGUGAAGAGAAAAUCUACAAGAGGCCAGAAUGACCAGUCUCAUAUGAAGAUUAAAA